UAGGGAUAGUGUUGUAGUAGCUAGGCUUCAUUUCCAAAGAGACUGCAACAAGCCAACUAGGACUCAAAGCAGCUGGCACCGAUGAUGAGGGGCCUGGCAGGCUUCCUCCUUUGCUCACUGCUGCUGCUGGCACCCCGCUGCACAGAGGUGGCUGCCCAGGAAGACCAGCCUGACCCCAAAACUCCGUGUGCCAACUGGAUGGGAGGAGCACCUGGCUACCCUGGCCACAACGGGCUCCCGGGCCGGGACGGGAAAGAUGGAAAAGAUGGACUAAAGGGAGAGAAAGGAGAGGAAGGUAUGCAAGGUCCCAAAGGCGACCAAGGCGAGACAGGAGUCCCAGGGCGGGAAGGGCCACGAGGAUUCCCUGGAUACCCAGGGCAGAAGGGGGACAAGGGCGAAGGUGCCUUCGUCUACCGCUCUGCCUUCAGCGUGGGGCUGACAGACCGAGCCCCCCACCCCAAUGUCCCCAUUCGCUUCAGCAAGAUCUUUUACAACGAGCAGAAGCACUAUGAUGCCAGCACCGGCAAGUUCCUCUGCAACAUCCCUGGCACGUACUACUUUGCCUACCACCUGACAGUCUACCUGACAGAUGUCAAGGUCAGCCUCUACAAGAAGGACAGGGCAGUGAUCUUCACCUACGACCAGUUCCAGAAGAACAAUGUUGACCAAGCAAGCGGCUCUGUCUUGCUCCACCUCAGCUCUGGGGAUGAGGUCUGGCUUCAGGUGUACGGGGAGGGGGACAACAACGGCAUCUAUGCCGACAACGUCAACGAUUCCACUUUCAUGGGCUUCCUCCUGUACCCGGACAUGGACGACCAUUAAAGAAGGUGGUGCUGCUUGGGAAAGGAAGAGGUGGCUUAACCCUGGACGGUGUCCUGGGGCACUGGCGCUAUAGCUAUACUGUAUUUACAAGAUAACUGCCUUUUGUGGGGGCAACAAUUGCCAAGGGUGGACCCUAUCUCCUGUGAAAUAAGUGAGGUUAGACAUGAGUGACUUCCAUGGGACCAAGAGUUCACUCCUACCUUGGGUCUUGCUCUCCUUGUGGAAACCUGGGCCAAAGUCAAACACCACUCCUGCCACAUGAUGGAAGAGUAACUUUCAAGAUGGCCUAACCUUUUUUGAAUUUAAAAAUGAGAGAAAAAUCGAUUACAUUUAGAUAUCCCUUUCUAAAUUUCCCUUUCUUAACCACCUAAAUUCAUUUAAACCAAUGGUACACAUUUUAGACAGCAUUUCUAAGUUUGAGUAGAAGAGGGAGAAGACUAUUCACAAAAGCCAUCUCUGCUCUUGUUUUCAGCUGGAACAGAUGGCUCCCUUUUUACCACUGUAACUUGCUGUGCUAUUAGGGCCUUUGGCUUCCACCCAUGGUUUGUUGUCUUCCUUCUUUAGCCCAGAUCCUUGAAUAUAUUCAGGUUAUUAACUUUCAUUGAUUUUAAUCCUUUGAUUUUCCUUUUACAUCUAUCCUCUAUUGUUACCUCUAACGUAGACAGCAUGCUUGUUCAGGGCAGGAUCUUCUCUUUUGAUUUAUCUGAAAAGCCUUAUGAACACCAGUGAGGCCACAUAUCAAAAGCAGCACAGUGACCAUGUGGCUUUAGGGGUCCUGAGGUGAUGACAAACGCGUUGCCUCCACAGUUGUGAAGCUCAGCAGUACCAGCAGCUCCCCUGCAAACACCCUGAUGCCUGAUGGGGGAGCAGAAGGUGCCUCAAGGCUCCUGGGCAGAGGGGACCUCAGGGUGGAGGUAUCACUUCUCAAAGCACUCACCACAUGCUGGAAGUGAUGGCAUGAGUACUUGUUCAUCCCAGAGGCCACCAGCAUGGAGCACAUGAGCAGCAUCUCACAGUUUCCAUCUGCAAGCUGGCAGGAUCCUGUCCCAUCUCCCCUCUGAAAAGUUCCCAAAUGCAGUCAGAAGUUGAGAUCUAGCAACUGUGUUUUCUACUCUCCCACACCAUAAGUGUGCCAUAAGCAGGCUUUUGCACAUCAGCUGAGCAGAGCUUCACGUGGUGGUGCAACCUCCCAUGCUGAGUGGGCUCCUGGGAUGAACAGCUCUCAUGCAAGGUUACCUUAAUGGGGGAAGAGUAUUUAGGCUGGAAUUAGCAGCAAUCCCAUCAAACUGCUCUCCAAGGAGCUUGCCUGACUUUUAGCUGAAAGGGGAUUUGGUAGUUUCUCAGAUACAUUCAAAGAAGAGUCCCAUUAAGCCUCAGAACAAGCUAACACAGAUCAGCACUAAUGUGUUAUUACAAGCACAAAACAGCAUUAAAAGCUUCAACUGAAAUUACCUCCAAGAGCAGCACUUCACACUCCAGUGAAUUACCACAUUACAAAGAACAACAACAAUAAAAAACUCUCUCAAUGAG